AUGGCAUAUGCCGCCACGACUUCAUCUCCGGCCAUGGAUGCCGACGCUCAAACGAGCUUGAAACUCACUACUCAUAUGCGUCGAUCUCCCUCCUCACAAGAUAUUCUCAGCACCCUUUCCCCCUUCAGCUCAAUAUCUUCUUCCGCGCCAUCUUUCUCGGCUUCCCCCAUCUCAACUUCACUCUCACUCUUCCCUCCGCAAAGCACGCCGAAUGUCUUGACUCCGGCUGGGACACCCAAGCAACCUCCCAGCGAAGGCCCUCGCGGUCGAAAGUACUAUCUCCCUCCUCCUGCGCCGCUCGAGCUGGGGGAAUCGAUGAUGGCCUUCCCCGAUACCAUUCCAUCCAGUGUCAACGGGGUCACCAAUGACAACAACUCCGUCAAGGCUCCAGGCUUGAUGCGCAGGAUCUCACGGGGCGCAGCCAGCAAAUUGACCCGCAGAAGACCCUCGGCCUCUCAGAUUGACAAGCGGGACCGCAGCUCGGGUCCCGUGAUCAUGCGCCGCAGAAGCGACAGCAAGAACGGCACUCAUUCCGCUGCUCGAGAUACCGCACUGGAAUCAAGCAACGAGGACGAGUCUAACGAGGCUUUGGAUUCCCUAGGUCCUUGGACUGGCUCGGAGCCCUCAAGUUUGCGAAGUGAAAGCCGCAUGAUGUCUGCUCGCGACUUGACUACCACCGUGAGUGGAGCUGUGGCGCCCAAGGUAGAUUCUGCCGUUCAACGUGGAACGGUCUUGACCAAGGUCACUAAGAAGCACCGCAAACAAGUCCGGUUCUUCUUGGAUUUGGACGCUGCCAAGGUCUUUUGGGAUGUGUCCAAUCCCGCCAAACGAUUCUACAUUGAUGACAUCAAAGAGAUCCGUGUCGGUGCAGAUGCGCGAAACUACCGAGAGGAACACCAAAUUCCAGAAGAUACCGAGGCCCGUUGGUUCACGAUUGUCAUAGCCGAUCCGGAGCGGCUCAAAGGCCGCGCUUUCAAAACAUUGCACCUGAUUGCACCUAGUUCCCAUGUGCUCGAUCUAUGGACUAGCACUUUGGAACAUAUCUCACGCUAUCGGAUUGGCUUGAUGGCUGGGCUGGCCGCAUCAAGUCAAAGCGAGGCUGUCCUACAGGCUCAUUGGCAGCGGGAGAUGUCCAGGCUCUUUCCGGGUGUGUCCCGGCCGGUAGAGGAACAGAGUCUCGACCUGGCUGCUAUUGAAAGUGUGUGUCGCAGUUUACACAUCAAUUGCUCCAAGAACAUGCUCCGCGCACAGUUCACCAAGGCGGACGCCUGCCACAACGGCCGGUUGAAUUUCUCCGAAUUCAAGGACUUCGUGGCCCGUUUGAAAGAGCGCAAAGAUGUAAAAGAAAUCUACAAGAGCCUAAUUGAAGACCAUAAGGCUGGUAUGACUCAGGCAGAAUUCUUGCGCUUCUUGCGUGAUUUUCAACAAGAGGACAUUGAGACUGAGGCCCACAGAGCAAAAUGGAUCGCGCUCUUUGACAAACUUGUCAAGAAGUCAAGGUCACGCUUGUCUAAUGCGUCUGAUAAAUCUGAGACUGGUGAGGGCUGUCUGUCUCUCAUGGAUCUGGAAACCUUCUCGGCGUAUCUCGCGUCUCCAAGCAACGGCAUCUACGCGUCUAGAGCUCCCCAGUCGCGAUUUGAUCGUCCGCUCAAUGAGUACUUCAUCUCCAGUUCUCACAAUACAUACCUGCUUGGUCGUCAGGUUGCGGGAGCCUCGAGCACUGAGGCUUACAUCAGCGCUCUUCAGCAGGGAUGCCGUUGUGUCGAGAUUGAUUGCUGGGAUGGUGCGGAUGGGCGUCCCAUCGUAUCCCACGGAAGAACUAUGACCACUAGCGUGCUCUUUGCAGACUGCAUCACCGUCAUCGACCGAUACGCUUUCAUUUCCUGUGACUUUCCGUUGAUUCUGUCUCUCGAAGUCCACUGCAACGCAGAGCAGCAGCUUGCCAUGGUGAAAAUUAUGAAGGACACAUUUAAGGAACAGCUCAUCCUGGAGCCUCUCAUGAGCCAUAGCUUCAGUUUACCGUCCCCGGAGGAGCUCAAGGGCCGGAUCCUCGUCAAGGUCAAAACGUGCGAUGAAACCGAAAUUGAACCCCGCCAGGAGGCUGUUCACACGGUCGGUACCCAUGGCCGGAAACGCAGCGCAAGCACUCCAUUCGUCCGUUCCACGCAUCACUCGGACUCGACUGUCCCCGGCACAACAGUUCCACUUGCUCCUUUCAUGACUUCGUCCGGAUCUCACACUACUGAUGGAAUCGGACCCCUGGUGAGUCAAGAAAGACGUUCGCUCACCACGACAAGCAUGAGCAGCGCUACCGAAGACAGCGAUGGAGGGAUGGCCUCGAUGUCCAGUGAAAAGAAGAAACAGCGUCGCCAAAAGAGCAAAAUCACCAAGCCUCUCUCGGAUCUGGGCGUCUACACUCGCGGCUACAAGUGGCAUGGCUUCUCAACUCCGGAGAGCAGAAAAUACAAUCACGUGUAUUCCUUUGCGGAACGGGCUUUCGAAAGCAUCUGUCAAAACCAUGACAACAAGGUGUCACUUGAGGCCCACAAUCGCAAAUACCUGACUCGAGUCUAUCCAUCCGCCUUUCGCCUUCGGUCUUCUAAUUUCGACCCAAAUAAGUACUGGCGACGUGGAGUCCAAAUGGCAGCGCUCAAUUGGCAAACAUAUGAUGUUGGUAUGCAAAUGAAUCAGGCGAUGUUUGCGGCUGGAUCCGAUCGUACAGGCUACGUGCUCAAGCCAGAAAGCCUCCGCCAUCCGAUUCCUGAAGGUGGCCUCCCCAAGCGGAAAACGGAACGACGGCUGGUUCGAUUCUCGGUGGACGUCAUAUCUGCGCAACAGCUUCCACGACCCCGUACACUUGGAGCUGAAGAGAUGAUCAAUCCUUAUGUCGAAAUUGAAAUGUUCAGCGCCGACGAUCGCGGUCAGAGUUUUGCCUACGGCGAGGGUGGAAUGGAUGCCUCAGCUCGCAAUGGCAUGUCCGGCAUUGGUUACCCCCAUCGACGACGCACCAAGAUCGAGCAAAGCAACGGCUACAGCCCCGUUUUCAACGACCGCUUCAAGCUGUCAUUGGAGACCAAGUAUCCCGAUCUAGUCUUUGUUCGUUGGACUGUCUGGAGCUCCUUGGACGGCCGCAGCGCAGGAAACAACAAUAGUGUGCAGCUUGCUACCUUCACUGCCAAGCUCACCAGUCUUUCGCAAGGCUAUCGGUACCUUCCUCUGUAUGACGGCAGCGGUGAUCAGUACCUUUUCUCGACAUUAUUCUGUCGCAUCGCCAAAGAGGAGCCCGUUCCUGUACAGCGUCUCGAUCUGAAUGAGCUUCGUGCGGAGCGCCUGGGAAUUUUCCGCCAGAUCGGACAGACUGUCUUCAAGCGUUCAUCUUCUACAGAUCGCGAGAAGGAAAACCCUGCGGAUCGUAGUGAUCCUACCAGCCCAGAGGACAAAGACAGCUCUCCUGGCCUGACUCCUACCAUAUCCAUGACAUCGAACUCUUCGUUCUUCCAGUAA